AUGUCCAAAAUCGCUCUUAUCACCGGCAGCACCCGCACCCCCCGUGUGGGAACCGACGUUGCAGGAUGGGUUCAUGAGGUGAUCAAGUCACGCCCGGAAGACAAGAUAGAGGUCGAACCUCUGUCCAUCGCCGACUUCAACCUCCCAAUCUUUGAUGAGCCCGUCAUGCCCGCCAUGGUCCCAGCCAUGAAGCAGUUCACCAAGGAUCACUCCAAGAAAUGGAGCGAGGCCAUCGCAUCCUUCCAGGGCUACAUCUUCGUCAUCCCCGAGUACAACGGUAGCAUGUCGGGGGCCACCAAGAACGCCAUCGACUACCUGUACAACGAGUGGCCCGGGAAGCCUGUGGCCGUCAUCAGCUACGGCUCGCAUGGCGGGGAGCGCGCCAACAAGCACCUCAGCGAGAGCCUGGAGCUCGUCAUGAAGAUGAAGGUCGCCCCGACCAAGGUCCAGCUCGCAUUCGCCCCAGGCACCGACGUCUUCGCCGCCAUCAACGACGGCGUCUUGGGCGAGGACACUAAGAAGGCGUGGACUGAGGCAGGAGCCAAGGAUCAGAUCCUCAAGGCCUUCGGGGAAGUCAAGGAGAUUCUAGAGCAGUAG